AAGUCAAUGUGCAGCGCCUAAGCGCUAGGCGCUGCACAUUACACUAUGUGGCGCCUAGCGCUUAGGCGCUGCACAGCUGGCUGUGGGGCCGCACCUGGCCCCGGGCUGCCACGCUGGCCGGGCGUGCGACGCCUUAGCCGAAGGCGCUGCAUAGUGCAGUGCAGCGCCCGGCUGUUGGGCGCCACCCAAAAUGGUCUGUUAUGUGAAUUUUUUUCGUGACCAGGUCAGAUCGUGAUUUGAUUUAGCCCACAGGUCAAAUGUGUGAUUUCUGCCACUUCUUUUGCUAUAAAAGAUUAUUUUAGUAUUGACGUUGCCUGCUGAUUUAUCGGUGCAGCUGUAUGUACCCAUUUAUCUUCAUGGUCCAACAAAGAUAAAUUAACACUAAUUACAUUGCAUACUGUCGUUUGGUUUCAUUUAUUAAACCGUGGCAUACUUGUGAGCUCCAACACAUUCAUUACGUAGUAAUAACUACCUGACAUCCUUUAUUUGCCAACACACAUGAAUUAAUCAUGUGUGGACACAAAGUCAAUGCAUAUUUACUUCCAGCAUAGCAUUAGCAUAUUCAAAAAUCAUGUCCUGCGUUGUACCCAUUAACUCACUUUUACUUCUCUACAAAUGUAUUGGUUCAAUAGGGAAACACAAAUUGACUUCAAUCUGCAUCACAAUGGACAUCGAUUGUGGUUCAGAUUACAGGGAGGUGUGUCUCCAUGUGCUCCUCGUCCGCGUCCGUAAAAGUCACUACUACUUUUGUGGUUGAAUUGCUCAUUCCUACAAAACUGUGGAUACUAAACCAAGGAAACAACAUGAUGCACAAAUUUCCAUGAAUAUCUAUUGCAAGUGAUAUUGUUUUUCUAAGCACAUGAUAACUAUUUUAUGCAGACUACAGAUAGAACCAAUUAUAUAAAAUACAAGAUACACUUUGUUGCGAGUUUUCUGUUUGAGUUGGUGCAAGUUGAGUUGAGUGUUGUUAUUUCAAUACCAAGUAUAUGCAUGUGAUGCAGUAUUAUUGUUGAACCUGGGACAUGCAAGAUAUAUGAGAUAACGAUUCGACAAACCUUUGAUUAACCUCGCUAAGUAAUACUCUAGAAUUGCUAUCUCAGAAAGUGAUUUAAGGCCAAACUCUUCAUCAAUAUUAUAUACAUUGGUAAUUAUUCAUUUUUUUCUUACACCUAAAAUAAUCAUGCACUCCAGAUACUUCUUUGACUUUAAGAAGGAAAAAGGUUGUUCGACAAAAUGGACCGAGAAGCAGACGCACAAGAAGAAACUACAGAAGCAGAAGCAGCGUAACCCGCAGUAUGGGUUUUAAUCAACACUCGGCCCGUAGACUGGACUAAAUGACGAGGGCCCAACCCAAUGCGUCUUCUCUCUUCUUCCUCUCAACUCAAAAAACAAAACAAAAAAUCUCUCUUCUUCCUCUAUCACGGCGGUCCGCCCACCGUCUUGCUCCGCCACCAUCCCCGGGCCCGCCUCGCCACCUCCACCGCUGCCCAACCCCAUCCAACCUAGCUUAUAUUCGUCGCCUGACGCCGCCGUGCCUUGGUUUCUCCUCCUACCCCUAAAAUCCCUCCAUUCUAUUUCUACCAUGGCUCCUGAUAACGCACCGUGCACAGCAGCUCGUCGUCCAUGGCGGAAUCUGCUCUCUUCUCCACCGCCAUCUCCCAUUUCUUUCCUUUGGAUACGCCAGCUGAAAGAUUGAGCGGUGUCCAAGCAACCUCAGGCAUUGGUUCUACUCUGUUUUUUCCGUCUUCUGAAAUAUUGAUUUCUGAUUGAUUCCUUGUCUGUAGUUUAUCAGCAGUGUUCACAAUUUUCACUCGGUGCUCUUCUUGGUUGCAGCUUAAUUAAGGAAACAACAGCUGAAUGGGGAUGGAGUUCAGUUACUGUUACUAGGUGCCAGUUGGAAGGACUGAAGAUUCUUCACCAGGUGGGGACUGAAGAUUGCUUAGCCGGCUUCCAUUGUUGACGAGCAGGAUGGCAUUCACAACAGGUUGCAUGGGUGUAGUGUAGAACUCUAGAUUGAUCAUGGAAAUCUUCCCGUUGAUGCUUUCUCUAUUGGUGCUCGGGUCACUGGGAAAGCUAACAACUCUGGCAUCCGGAGUUGUAACAGGCCAGCAGAACCCAGAGGGGAACUGGGCGCAACCAUCCCGUGCCGGUGGCACGCUCCAUGGCUGCCCGACGAGCUGCGGCAGUGUGAGCUUCGGCUAUCCCUUUGGCAUCGGAUCCAGGUGCUCCCGUGGACCUGACUUCAACCUCAUUUGCAACAACACCAGUCAGCCCCCCAGGCUCUUCUUGUUCGACGGCAUCACCGAGGUGACCAACUUUGACGAUGCUCUUAUCAAGGUCUCCUUUUCGCAUACCAUCACCCUGAAAUCUGGUGUGAGUGUCUACUAUUUCUCUUUGGAACCGCCUGGGAGGUCCUUCGAUAUUGAUUCCUUUGUUCUAGCCUUCAUUGGUUGCGGCCUAGAGGUGUACUCUGAGGAAGGGAAUGACACCAAUUCAAUAUGCACAACAAUGUGCUCAGACCCAGAAAUCACAGAGAUGGAGGCUAUGCACAACUGUAAUGGAAUUGGAUGCUGUGGCUAUAUUCACGAAAGCUAUGCCAGCACUUAUCAGUUCAAAUUGGUCUACCGCCACAACACAAAAAACAUCAGCACGACCUCCAACCAGGCCUCCCAGUUGUGGGAUAAAAUCAGCAUAAGUGCUGAUGGCUCACAGCUCUCAUGGAAAUUAGGGGAUCAGCCCACCUGUGCUGCCUGUGUCAGCGAGCAUGCCAAGUGCAGGCAGAACGAUCUAUACGGUGCACCAACAAGUGGCUACAACUGCAUCUGCGAUGACGGCUAUUCAGGCAACCCCUACAUUCCACAUGGCUGCUCCACCGAUGAGAAAGGGUAUAAUCCAAUUCCGAGCAGGGCUAACUGUACCCGCUGGUGUGGUAACAUUAGCGUGCAAUUCCCAUUCGGCUUUGAAGAGGGCUGCUUCGCUAGGGAAGAGUUUCACCUCAACUGCACAAAUGUGACGUCAUCAGCUGCCCUGGUCAUGUUGGGGGAGGGCAAGGUCAGUGACAUAAAUGUCAACGAAGGGACCUUAAAUGUCACCAGUGAUGAUUCUGAGCAGGGAUUCGAAGACACUCAUGUUUCCGCAUAUGGGUCAUUUGUGCUUAAUAAAUGGGUUGCUGCUCAUCUAAAUUGCACAGAGGCCCAACAGAAUAGGUCUGGAUAUGCUUGUGUGAGUAUCAACAGCAAGUGUGUGGAAGUAAGCGAUGAAGUGAUGACGAGUUACCGCUGCAGAUGCUUUGAUGGCUUCCAAGGAAAUCCAUACAUCCAAAAUGGUUGUCAAGACAUUGAUGAGUGCCUUGAUCCGAACAAAUGUAAAGGGGUCUGUCAUAAUACCGAAGGAAGUUUCAGUUGUACUGAAUGUCCUCGCAAGACUGAGUAUGAUCCAUCAAAAAUGAAAUGUACUGUGACAAAACAACAGCAUCUACUCUUAGGUAUAAUUAUUGGGCUGUCCUGUGGUUUCGGCGUUCUACUCUUGAGCUCCAGUGCAGUACUUUUCACUCGCAGGUGGAAAAAGAAUGUUCAAAAGCAACUACGGAGGAACUAUUUCCGAAAGAACCAAGGUCUUCUCCUGGAAACAUUGAUAUCAUCUGAUGAAUCUGCAAAUGAGAAUACUAAGAUAUUUUCGUUAGAAGAGAUAGAGAAGGCAACAAACAACUUUGAUCCUACACGUAUCAUUGGACGUGGGGGCCAUGGCAUGGUUUACAAAGGCAUAUUGUCUGAUCAGCGUGUUGUUGCAGUAAAAAAGUCGAAAGUCAUUGAGCAGUCUGAGAUCAGUCAAUUCAUCAAUGAGGUUGCAGUCCUCACUCAGAUAAAUCACAGAAAUAUUGUGAAGCUCUUUGGAUGUUGCCUCGAAACCGAGGUUCCACUACUGGUGUAUGAUUAUGUAUCCAACGGCUCACUGUCUGAAGUUCUUCAUGCAGAUGCAAGUGAUGGUUUUUCCUUAUCUUGGGGUGAUUAUUUGAGGAUUGCUCUGGAAACAGCAGGAGCUCUAUCUUAUCUCCACUCUUCAGCUUCAAUGUCAAUCUUCCAUCGUGACGUGAAAUCCUCAAAUAUACUCUUGGAUGUGAACUACACGGCUAAAGUGUCAGAUUUUGGCGCGUCCAGAUUGGUUCCUGUCGAUCAAACACAUAUUGUGACGAACGUGCAAGGUACAUUCGGGUACUUAGAUCCAGAGUAUUUCCAUACCAGGCAGCUGAACGGGAAGAGCGAUGUGUACAGUUUUGGUGUGGUACUAGUGGAGUUGCUUCUCAGAAUGAAGCCUAUAUUUACAAGUGAAUCAGGCACAGUCAAAAGUUUGUCAAACUAUUUCCUCCAGGAGUUCAAUGAGGGAAGAAUCACAGAUAUUGCUAAUUCUCAGGUGCUUGAGGAGGCAACAGAGGAAGAGAUCAAUGGUGUUGCCUCUCUUGCACAGCGGUGCUUGAGGCUACACGGCGAAGAAAGACCAACCAUGAAACAGGUUGAGACAGAACUGCAGACUCUACGGGCAAAACGGAUGAACUCAUCUCAGCCUGAUCCGAGAAAUGGAGAACAUAUGCAACCAAGGUCGUUAACUCAAAGGAGUAGAUCUGCUCGGCAAUUGUCCGCACAGCCAGGUGGUAGCCAACGACGCUAUAGCUUGGAGGCAGAGUUCUUGUCAUCUGCUAGCCUACCACGCUAGAUGAGGCUAUUGAGCUUAUUAAUAAUGGAUAAUUUAUUUCCCUCUUUUGUGAACUGUUCCUAGAACCUGUAUUACAGGCUAGUUAGGUUGGUACUGUAAUAAGUCAUGAUUUCAGGCAUCAUGAUUUUAUCAGUUUCUCGGUUGGAAUUAUGCUUGGUGAUAUAUGUAGACUAAAUUUUGUUACCCUGAGAUGAUUAGAAGAGAUGUAGUGGAUUAUAUUAGCAAUGAUUU